AUGCAAGUCGUAAAUCCAAUUGCCGCAACCAUACUUCACCUUCUCCGCACAGCGGCAACGCUUUGCAUGGGGAUUAUUUUCCUGCACCUCGCCUAUAACGAGCCCAAGAUUAAGUACUAUGCAUUCUAUGCUGGAGCAUACGCAAUCGUGACGGGCGCUCUUGGGCUGCUCGCCUCACGGAGGAUUUAUCGCAAUGCCCUUGCGAAGAAGAAUGAGGCACCGAAACCCCAGUCGAGCGCGGAAACUGCGCACGAAACCACUGCGACGGAGGGCGUUUGGGAAGAUGAGAAGCCUCGAGGAGUUUCUGAAAAUGCAGACUUGUUGGUCUGAUCGAUGCGCCGAACUUAUGCGGGUACCAAGCAGGUACUACAUAUAUUGUAAUGCAAGACUCAAAUUUCCUAGAAGAUAUCCUGCCACUUGUCGUUCCAGAGUCCUUUUGCAUUACACAGUCAAUAUCAUCCUUUGAUGUACUGGUCGGCUGAACUUCAAAUCCAG